GAUUAUGUUCUUCCUGAAAUUACUGGGAGGGGAUUAUCAAAUUUUUAUGCUGGUAAAUUGAAAUCUUAUACUAGUCUAGCAGAUGCGACAUCGAGUUCCUUGCUUAAAGAUAUGGUCAAGCAGGAGAAUGCAUACACUAGGAAACGCAAGAACCUGCUUGCUCAUAGCAAUUUCUUUGACAAGAACCGGAAUCACUCCCCAAGAAUUAAUAGGGUGGGUUAGAGAAGAGACCAAUAAACUCUUGAAGCUCAUUAGCUCUUGGUACAACUUCAAGCUGCUCUGAGAGCGAUAAUAGUUCCGAGUCCUUGAACUCAAACACAUCGUCACCUCGUUUCUCUCUUCCUCCUCUGCCUCCACAAUCAAGAAGAUAUAGCAAUGAGUCCUCAUCAUCACCUCCUGAACAGAAGUUGAGUGCAUGGAGGUCUUUCUCCUUAUAGGAUCUGCAAGGGGCUGCUGCUGCAACUCCCAGCCUAAUGGGCAUAAAGGAAUAGAGAAAGAUAUCUUGAAGAUAACAUAAUUUCAUGUCACCCUAUGUACCUAACUUCAGAUAGGUUUCAAUGGAGGCUGGCUUAUAGCAGUUAUAGGCUUCAGUUUCUCGCCCAUGCCUCUAAUUAUUCCUCAAGGCAUAUCAAAUCCUGGCAUCUUGAGAAUGUAAUUGCUUCUGGGAGGAGACCUGUGGCCAUGGGAAUAAAAGAAGAGAACACUUAGUUCUUGCUUGCGAACAUGAGUCACAUCCUUACUCUAGGCUUAAUCACUACCAACUUGAGUGGAUAUGGCUGCAAAUUCUUUUCACAUCACCGUGGAUGAAUUCAGACUUUUCCAUAAGAUUGACCGAGAACUUUAUUCUCUCCUUGUUAAUGAGCUUCAGCGUGAUCCUUUGGAAUCAAUGCAGAUACUGGCAUUGUGGAUUUGGAUGGAGCGAGCAGGUCUCAAAAAUGUUAUCAGAAAGAUCUUUUCCUUACCUAAUUUUUUGAUUAAUGAACUUGCUGAUGAGGCUGUUAUCUGCCUCAAAUUCAUUGGGGACAACGGGUUCUUUCUCUCAAUUGACGCAAGUGAUAUUUGGCAAACUCAAAACGUCAUGGCAAAAGAGUUCCCCCUCCAGUUUUUCAAUGAAAAUCGGGACAGUGCAACCAGUGGGAUAAGGAAAAUUGCAACUGAGGUUUGUCUCAAGGCAUUGCCUGAUAUUACGGAGAGAGCCUUGGGAAGUUCUGGACAAACUUUGACUGGUGAGUCAUCUUUAAUGGGAUCUUUAAUGGGAAGAUUUGCUCACUUGGGACUUGGAGAUGACAUGUAUCCUAGGAGGAUGAACGGACAGGAUGUACCACGUGAAGAUCGGACCAUGUUUGUUACUUUUUCCAAGGGCUACCCUGUUGCUGAAUGGGAAAUCAAUGGAUUCUUUACAAUACUUUUUGGAGAAUGCAUCGAGUCCAUUUACAUGCAGGAGGUGAAGCCCCAUGAACAGUCUCUUUAUGCUCGAGUUGUGUUUUUUACGCCUGCAAUUAUUGAGAUUAUUCUCAGUGCUGUGACCAAAGCCAAGUUUACUAUCAACGGGAAGCAUGUCUGGAUGCGUAAAUAUGUCCCGAAAAAUGGGAACACUCUCCCAGCCAUGAUGCCUCAGAAUUUUCCUGGAACUAAUUAGUCCUUUUCUGUAUGUGUAUCUUUGUAAGAAUGGAGUAGAAGUAAUCAUGUUUUCAGUUUGUAGUUCCUUCAGUCUACCUUAGGACCCUAAAUCUGUUAUGUAUGCAGUGAAAUGGUUAAGUUCUAGUAAUAAAAAACAUGUGUCUUUUAAUCUGUGUAUCUAUAUAUUUUUCUACUCUGCCUUUGGAUUCCAGUUUUUAUGUUCUGAAGAGAUUGAUCUGGUUUAUGACUACUUUAAAAUUUCCAGUUCUUGUUGCUGGAUUUCA